AUGCAGAAAAGUCGGUUACUCUCCUUUUCUUCAAACUCACCGAGUUUCGGAAGUUUCUCCACCGCCGUAGACCUCGCCGCAAUCGCCGCACGAGUCGUCGAAGAAUUCCGAGAACAAGAGCCACAAUCCGAUCCACACCGCGACGACGACGACGAAUUCGAGUUCGCUUUCGACUGUCCCAGCCGCAGAUAUUCUCACCCAAUCGCUACCGCCGACGAGAUUUUCUGUAACGGUCAGAUCCGUCCGUUGAAUCCUUACGGUGGUGGAAUCGGAAACGCUCCCGGAGAAUCUAAACCGACGCAGCAGCCUCGUCGUCAUCGACCGGCGUUGAGAAUACUGAUGAGCGAGGAUCGAGAUCCGACUUCGAAUUCGACGUCGGAAGCUGAAGAGGAUCUUACCGGAGUUCCGCCGGAGACUUACUGUGUGUGGAAACCUAAAAAAUCGAGUGACGACGAUCUUCAAGGACUAUCGUCUUCUCCGUCGCAAAGCAAAAUCAAAAGCAAUUCCGCUGGAUUCUCUAAACGGUGGAAGCUACGGAAUAUUCUAUACGCGAGAAGUAGUAGCGAAGGUGGAAACGAGAAGCUUGUGUUUCCGGCGCCGGUUAAGAAGACCGACGAGGAGACGAUCUCCGAUCAAAGAGAAGAAGAAGAGAAAACGGCGUCGUCGAAGGAGGAAGAAAGGGGAAGGGAAAGUGAAGAGACGAAACGACAGUCGUUUGUGCCGUAUAGGAAGGAUAUGAUUGGAAUAUUGAAAAAUGUGAAUGGGCUAAGUCGUCAUUUACGUCCUUUUUAA